GGAUGCUGCUGCAGACGGAGAGGAGCAGCGGACUGCCAGGAGGCAGACGGAUAACGCUGUCUGUCUUGGAACACUAAGCGACACUAGGCAGUCCAGCAACAUAGGAUUUACCGGACCCCCGCACGAUGUUGACUGACGUUUCUCCCGCUCAGGGAUUAGAGCAAGUGUUACGGAACUGGAGGAACUGCGAGACUCUUUGCUAAACUGUGAGGGGGACCUCUCGUUCCCCCCCCCCCACGUCUUUUCACGGAAUGCACACGACCUGGGAAGCCUAGAAAAUGGAUGAGAGUCGUAACAACGAGCCAACAGCUGCCACAACAGUUGAAUGUGAUAUGCUGUGACAUCUGUCAAUCAGGCAGAGACUUGUAAAGUGUCACUCUAUGAUUGUGAGAAUUCAUAACCAAUCAGAAGCAGUGUUAGGACCAGAGGGGAGUACACCAACAGUCACAGCAUGGACCUUAGAUUCAGACCUCUUACCAGGGGAGCUCUUCAUUUCCUGCUGCUGGCCACACUGGUGCUGCCCUCCCAUUCAGAGAGCAUGCCCGGCUUCAUCAAGUCCCCCGAUGAUCAAACAGGGAUUUCGGGAGGAGUGGCUUCCUUUGUAUGCCAGGCAGUGGGUGAGCCCAAACCUCGCAUCACAUGGAUGAAGAAGGGGAAGAAAGUCAGCUCUCAGCGCUUUGAGGUGAUCGAGUUUGAUGAUGGCUCGGGCUCAGUGCUGCGUAUCCAGCCUUUGAGGACCCACCGUGACGAGGCCAUCUAUGAAUGCACAGCCACCAACAGUGUGGGCGAGAUCAACACCAGUGCAAAGCUCACUGUGUUAGAGGAGGACCAGAUCCCGCAUGGUUUCCCAACCAUAGACAUGGGUCCCCAGCUCAAGGUUGUGGAGAGAACGCGUACUGCCACGAUGCUGUGUGCAGCCAGUGGCAACCCUGACCCAGAGAUCUACUGGUUCAAAGACUUUCUACCUGUGGACAUAAGCAGCAGCAAUGGUCGCAUAAAACAGCUGCGUUCAGGUGGUACACCAAUCAGAGGUGCACUUCAGAUCGAGAACAGUGAGGAGUCAGACCAGGGCAAGUACGAGUGUGUGGCAGUCAACAUCGCAGGGACUCGCUACUCUGCCCCGGCUAACCUAUAUGUUCGAGAUCAACGGGAAGUUCGCCGUGUGCCUCCCCGUUUCUCCAUCCCCCCCAACAAUCAUGAAGUGAUGCCCGGCGGCAAUGUCAACCUGACCUGUGUGGCAGUUGGAGCUCCAAUGCCUUAUGUAAAGUGGACGACCGGUGAGGUGGAGCUGACCCGAGAGGAGGAGAUGCCUAUUGGCCGCAAUGUCCUGGAGCUCACCAACAUCCGCCAGUCUGCCAACUACACCUGCGUGGCCAUAUCCUCCCUUGGUAUGAUCGAGACCACAGCCCAGAUAACUGUCAAAGCUCUGCCAAAGCCACCCACCUCCUUCAUUGUGACAGAAACCACAGCAACCAGUGUCACCCUUACCUGGGAUUCUGGAAACCCAGAACCGGUGUCCUACUAUGUGAUCCAGUACCACGCCAAACUGUCUGACAAUGGCUUCCAGGAAGUAGACGGAGUAGCCACCACCCGGUAUAGCAUCGGCGGCCUCAGCCCCUUUUCCGAAUACGAGUUUCGUGUCAUGGCUGUGAACAACGUUGGCCGGGGGCCCUCUAGUGGUAUUGUGGACACCCGUACAAGUGAGCAAGCCCCCUCAUCACCUCCUCUUCAUGUCCAGGCGCGCAUGUUGAGUUCCAGCACCAUGCUGGUCCAGUGGGAAGCUCCAGAAGAGCCCAACGGCAAAAUUCGGGGCUACAGGGUCUACUACAGCUCCUCGCCCAACACCCCACUCAGCGCCUGGCAGAAACACAACACAGAUGACAGCCAGCUCACCACCAUCUCAGGCCUGACCACAGAUAUCACCUACAACUUGAGAGUCCUGGGCUUCACCUCUGUGGGAGAUGGGCCUCCCUCUGAUGUUCUGCAGAUCAAAACCCAGCAGGGAGUUCCAGCGCAACCAUCUGGGUUUGAGGCCGAGGCAGAACUGGAUUCACGCAUCAUGUUGUCGUGGCUUUGGCCUGUCCAGGACCCCAUCAUUAGCUUUGAACUGCUCUAUUGGGAGGUCAACAACCCUACAGACAAGCUUCGUGUCACUUUCGACCCAGCAGGCUCAUAUGCAGUUGAUGGUCUGAAGCCGGACACAGUCUACAAGUUUUCCCUGGCAGCACGAUCUGAUAUGGGUUUAGGAGUCUCAACUCAGCCAAUUGAGGCAAGGACCGCUCAAUCCAUGCCCGGAGCGCCUCCCAGGAAAGUGGAGGUGGAGGCCCUCAACUCCACUGCCCUCAGGGUGACCUGGAAGCCUCCGCUGUCUGUGAAGCAGCCUGGCCAGAUCAGAGGCUACCAGCUGGUCUACUCCAGGCUAGAGAACGGGGAGCCUCACGGCCAGCCAGCCAUCGUUGAUGUUUCCUUUCCCGAAGCGCAGGAGGCCACUGUAAUAGGUCUGCUUCCGGAGACAACCUACUCAUUGACUGUAGCAGCAUACACCAGUAAAGGCGAUGGAGCUCGCAGCAAGGCCAAGGUGGUCACCACCACAGGAGCAGUACCUGGUAAGCCCACCAUGAUGAUCAGCACCACCAUAGGGAACACUGCCUUGAUCCAGUGGCAGCCUCCAAAAGAGAUGGUGGGGGAGCAUCUGGGAUACCAGCUGCAGUACAAGAGAGCAGAAGAGGACGCUUUCACCUUUAAAGACUUCAGAAAGACAGAUGACCAUUUCACAGUCACCGGCCUCCACAAGGGAGCCACCUACAUCUUCAAACUGUGCGGCAAAAACCAUGCAGGCAACGGAGAGGAAUAUGUAAAGGAGAUUAGCACCCCUGAGGACAUUCCGAGCAGCUACCCCCAGAAUCUGAGUGUAGUGGGCCUGACUUCCACCUCCACCCAACUGGCCUGGGACCCCCCUCCUCUGGCAGAGAGGAACGGGAAGAUCAUGAGGUACAUAGUGGUGUAUCGCGAUAUCAACAGCCAGCACAACAACACCAACAGUACCACAGAAACACAGAUGACCAUCCAAGGUUUGCAGCCUGACACAACCUACGACAUCAGAGUCCAAGCUUUUACCAGUAAGGGGGGAGGACUUAUUAGCCCCAGUAUCCAGAGCAGGACCAUGUCAACCUCCAUGCCGGUGUUCACCAAGAACUUUGGAGUGAAGGCUGUGAUGAAAACAUCUGUGCUGCUGACCUGGGAAGUGCCAGAAACCUACAAAUCUCAAGUACCUCUCAAGAUCCUGUACAACCAGCAGAGUGUGGAGGUCCAGGGGAACCUGAAGAGGAAGCUGAUCACUCAGCUGCAGCCAGAUACUGAUUACUCAUUUGUGCUGAUGAGCCGGGGGAACAGUGCCGGUGGCCUCCAGCAGCAGGUCGCCAUCCGAACAGCUCCAGACCUGCUGUUGAUGAAACCUGCUCCCUACCAACACGAUGUCGACGAGGGUGGUAAAGUGACAGUCAGUCUGCCCAGUGCCCCUGCCGGAGCCCGUGUCAGGUGGUACUACAUAGUGGUUGUCCCUGUCACCCCAGCUUCUCUGAGCAGCUGGGAGAGCCCUGAAGACAUGGACAUACAUGAGCUCCUGGAGGCUGGUGCUGACAGCAAUCUGAAGAGAAAGAGGAGACAGAGCCAGGAUUUCCUGCAGCCGUAUAUCGCUGCCAAGCUGGAUGCCCUGCCUGAGAUUUUCACUUUGGGAGAUGAGAAGAGAUACAACGGCUACUACAACAAACCCCUCCCUGGCCAGCAGCAGUAUCGGUGCUUUGUCCUGGCUGACCUGAGGGACCACGAGUCUGUGAGUGACCUCGAGUCUCAGGGGAUGUUUUCGGCCAGCCCGUUCUCAGAGCCCAUCAUGGUGAAGCUCCACAGUGGGAUGACCCGACACACCGAGGAUCCAGAGAUGCUCUGGGUGAUGGGUCCUGUCCUGGCUGUCAUCGUCAUCAUCAUCAUUGUCAUUGCUAUUCUACUCUUCAAGAGCAAACAAGAGAGGAAGAGAACGUCUCCAGCCAAGGAUGAGCACAUGGCAGGGGUCAAGGACUCACUGCUGGCCCACUCCUCAGAUCCUGUGGAGAUGAGGAGACUCAACCACCAAACACAAGGUUCCAGUGCCCUCAGUUACCCGAAUACUCCAAGGAUGAGGGAACAUCCUCCCAUCGCUGUCUCUGACCUGGCAGACCACAUAGAGAGACUCAGGGCCAACGACAGUCUACGCUUCUCUCAGGAAUACGAGUCUAUUGAUCCAGGACAGCAGUUCACCUGGGAGCACUCCAACCUGGAGGUCAACAAGCCAAAGAAUCGCUAUGCAAAUGUGAUUGCCUACGACCACUCCAGGGUCAUCCUCACACAUGUGGAUGGAGUUCCAGGUAGCGACUACAUCAAUGCCAAUUACAUUGACGGCUACAGGAAGCAGAAUGCUUACAUUGCCACACAAGGGCCACUGCCGGAGACACUGUCUGACUUCUGGAGGAUGGUGUGGGAGCAGAGAACCUGCACCAUCGUUAUGAUGACCCGUCUGGAGGAGAAGUCACGGGUGAAGUGUGACCAGUACUGGCCCAGUAGAGGCACAGAGACAUAUGGGAUGAUUCAGGUGACCAUGCUGGACACUGUGGAGCUGGCUACGUACAAUGUGCGCACAUUCGCCCUUUAUAAGAAUGGCUCGACUGAGAAGAGAGAGGCCCGACAGUUCCAGUUCAUGGCAUGGCCUGACCACGGAGUGCCUGAGUAUCCCACCCCAACGCUGGCAUUUCUACGCAGAGUCAAGGCCUGUAACCCUCCAGACGCCGGACCCAUGGUGGUCCACUGCAGUGCUGGCGUGGGCCGGACGGGCUGCCUCAUUGUCAUCGAAGCCAUGCUGGAAAGGAUGAAACACGAGAAGUCUGUGGACACAUACGGCCAUGUGACAUGCAUGCGAGCUCAGAGGAACUACAUGGUGCAGACAGAGGAGCAGUACAUGUUCAUCUACGAGGCUCUACUGGAAGCUGCGACAUGUGGCAACACAGAAGUCCCCGCCCGCAACCUUUACGCCCACAUCCAGAAUCUGACCCAGACCCCUCCCAGAGAGACCGUCACCACCAUGGAACUGGAGUUCAAGAAACUGGCCAGCUCCAAAGCACAUACCUCAAGAUUCAUCAGUGCCAACCUGCCGUGUAACAAGUUUAAGAACCGCCUGGUGAACAUCAUGCCUUUUGAGUCCACCCGCGUCUGCCUGCAGCCAACCAGGGGGGUGGAGGGCUCCGACUACAUCAACGGCAGCUUCAUUGACGGGUACAGGCAGCAGAAAGCAUACAUGGCCACCCAGGGCCCGUUAGCUGAGACCACCGAGGACUUCUGGAGAAUGUUGUGGGAACACAACUCCACCAUUGUUGUCAUGCUCACAAAGCUCCGCGAGAUGGGACGGGAAAAGUGCCACCAGUACUGGCCUGCCGAGCGCUCCGCACGCUACCAGUACUUUGUUGUGGACCCCAUGGCUGAGUACAACAUGCCUCAGUACAUCCUGAGAGAGUUUAAAGUCACAGAUGCGAGGGACGGUCAGUCGAGGACCAUUAGGCAGUUUCAGUUCACCGACUGGCCAGAGCAAGGAGUGCCAAAAACUGGGGAGGGAUUCAUCGACUUCAUCGGCCAAGUCCAUAAAACUAAGGAGCAGUUUGGACAAGAUGGACCAAUCACAGUGCACUGCAGUGCUGGUGUUGGGCGGACCGGUGUCUUCAUCACCCUGAGCAUCGUCCUGGAGAGGAUGAGAUACGAGGGAGUGGUCGACCUCUUCCAGACCGUCAAGAUGCUCCGUACUCAGAGGCCAGCCAUGGUGCAGACAGAGGACCAGUACCAGCUGUGCUACCGGGCUGCUCUGGAGUACCUGGGAAGUUUUGAUCACUAUGCAACAUAACCCAACCCAGAAAGACGCCCUCAGAAGAAUCUGGUGUCUCCUCUGAGCCAUAACCAAUCAGCUCCAUCAGUCCCUGUGGCCUGAAGAGGAGGUUACAAAGAGGCCUGUGGAGGGGGGGUGGAUUGGGGGGACCAAAGCACGAAGCAGGGGAGGAGAGGAGAGGGAAGAGGGUGACCCCCUGCUGGACUGGUACAUUUAUUCUUCCACAGACCCAAUACCAAAACCUCCCAGAACCAACCCUGAAAGACUUGUAGCCAUGCCUCAUUCUCCCUUCACUCCCCAAUCUCUGCCUCCUCCCAAUAGCGAAAAACUAUUUUUCUGCUAUUGUCAUUUAUAUUCAUUAUUACUACAUUGUUAUGAAUAUUUAGAAAAUUAUUUUGGAACCACUUACACUGGUUAGUAUAUGUCUUAAUUGUUUUUAAUUAGCUUAUCUUUUCAUUAGCACUAAGCACAUUAAUUUUCAACAUGCCCAAAUUUAUUAAUACUGGAGAGCGUAUACUCACAGCUGCUAAUGAUUUUAUUUUUUACCAUAGAUAUGAUAGUCUGAUGUCACUCUGUUGGCCCUUUGUGGAAAAUGUGUCUUUGACUUCCUGUCUUCACAUCCAACAAAAUGAUGAUGGUGAUAGUUUGUCAGCUACAGGGUGAAAUAAACCUGUGGCUAUAAACGUGCAGAGACCAUUCACAUCCCAACUGCUACCAUGUACAGACUGUCCUGGCCUGUGUCAGCCAUCAGACAUCUGGAGACAAAGGAAAUGGGAAUCUGUUGGAAAGUUUGUAUGCACAACUGUUGAGACAGUCACAUACCUUCUUAACAUGGACUCAGGUAGACUUGACUCACGCUUGUUGAUAAUCUUUGUGAAAUACAUGUGACACAUUGCAUGAAAAAUGAAGAACUCCCAACACCUUGAUUUAUGACCAACCAAGGCUGGCUUCAUUCUACGUAUACUUUCCUUUUUGUCAACUAUUCCUAUGAAAAGACUUAAACCUUGUUAAUCCAUCUCUCAAACUGUGUGUGUGUGUGUGUGUGUGUGUGUGUGUGUGUUUGUGUGUGCGUGUGUGUGUGUGAAAACUGGUGUGCUUGUUUAUAGGGAUCAAGGAACAACGCAGUGCAACAGUGCACUGAUUUAACUUACAUGUGGUUUGUUGACAAAGGUUUAGAAUAUAUUGUCCAUAUUUUCCCCUGGACAAAGUUAAGUGUACAGACCCUGAUUUUGUUAACUGGACGUCCUCGAAAAAAUGUCCAACCUGUCUCUGUUUUUAAAACCAUAUCAGUUUUCAGCUGAAUUUUAAAACUUUUACAGGGAGUUUGGGAGAAAUGUAGGAAUUCAAUGAGCAAUAUUAGAUCAUACUGAAAGUAUAAAGUGCCAGAUCAGCAAACUCACAAAAAAACAUCAGAUAACAAGAUUUUUUUAUGGUUAAAAAAGCUGUACCUUUCUUCUUCUAACAUGAAGUCUGGUUUUCUGGGCUAUUACACAUAUUUGUUUUCUAGUAAAUGGAGAAUGGAUGUUGUACCAUUACAUCAUGGACAACACAUACUCCACCAAACAUCCAUCUCUGACUUUCCCUCUCAUCUUAUGACUUUUCUGUUUGCAUACAUCAUGUACAUGACACACAGGACGUUCAUUGGAUCCCAUUUCAUGAUACAUUAUAGCUCAAAUAUUUUAUCAUUGUGUUGCAGACGGACAAACUUGUAACUUCAUUGGUGGACCUCUGUUUUUCACCGAAUGAGACUACAAAGUGAAAUCAUGCUAUAGUGGUCCUUUCUGUUGUAAACAUGAUCUGUUUUCUAUUUCUUAAUAAAAAGCAGAUAAAAAUGUCUAGAAUAUCUUGAUGUUAAUAAAGUUGAAUAACUGGA